CGUGCCUGCCUUACCAAACCCAUCUGUGCCAACCUCGAAUUUGGAGAUGGGGACCUCCACGAUCGGACCCCUGUUUGGGACACGGUAUCUCUCACACUGUACACACUUGUAUCCUUCGAGGCGCCUGUCUCUCUUCAGUCGCCAAAGGUACCCAGGAAGCUCCCCUACCUUAUGGUAAAAUGGUACUUUGUCUGGAUCACGGCCCGAAGAUGCAGGUACCUCGACCUGGCUCAAGCAACAGAAGCCAGGCUUACCUUACCUCACCGCGAACCCGCGAAGCAAGCCUCCGGCUGUCAUCUACCUUGCCUUGUCAACGGCCGCCGACGGUCCCUUGGCGAAUCUUUGUGCUCCUCCGUCCUCGACACUGCCAGCUGCAGCCUCCCUUCGCUACCACUACCUUGGCUUACUUCACGGAUACCUGCGGCAGUCUCUAUUCAAGGAUAACCCCUCUUCCCACAUAUGCUUGACCUGCUGCUGACUUACACUAGAAGUCAAGAACCACUGUUUUGUGUCCUCUCCGUGCUGGCGAUCUUCCAGCCGUGCGCGAGUACUAUGAUGCUGAAGCCGUCCCGAAACCGCAUUCUAAAGGGCCCAAAAAGUAAAGUCUGGGGAUCGUAUCGGUCGUAUCAACGCUGGGGGCACGAGGGGAUGUAGCGAGCAAGCCAAAGCCUUCUAUCACACGUUACUUGAGCGUAUGUGUUUGUACAAUUCAGAUCGCCGACUCGGUGAUCAUUCUCUCAGCAUCACAUCUACGGCUCAACUCGAUCACUCGCUAUCGCACUGAUGACUGCCUUGUGUCCCUGUCGCCUGCGCGCUUAGCGGGCUGUGCAUACGAGUUGAAAGAAACCAACGACGCACACAACGUUUUCUCUCGCGUAUAAUUCCCUUCGACGGCGGAAGCAACACCAACGGCCCGGUUGAGAAUCAAGCAGAAAGCAUAUGUGCGGCGGUCAGUGCAAGGAACAUGCCAGGCUGGCUUCGACACAAAACGGUUGCCCGCCAACUUGAGAAUCCAGCAUCCUGGAUGAGAGUAUGACAUCGCCCGUGCUCGAUGACAUGUACCUGCAUCUCAAUCAAAGUCGUAAGCCAACGUAUCACAGCCCCAGAUUUGCACAAGCUGUCCAAACUGCGUUUACGAAGUUUUGACGACGAGAUGGGACACUUGUCGGUGUCGAGGCAACAGUUGGCUUGUAGCCUCUUUUCGAGAGUUUUUCGCCGCACCACAUUGUGCAAGUUCUGCUAGCUCAAUAAGGCUUAGGCGAAUAGGCGAGGUGAACUACCUUGGAUUGGUGUGUUCCCGUCACGCUUGUCUCCUAGAUACUCCAGUGUUUGGGCCAACCUUCCCCCUAAAAUCUCCGUCAGAUGUUAUCGCGAGCGCUGCAUUCGGUCAAGGGUAGUUUUUGGCUUAUACAAUUUGGUGUCGUCUCUUCUUUCUUCUCUCAUCGCGCCCCCAAAAAGCUAUUUUGAUCUCAUCUUCUUACUAGAUCCCUAUUAUCGUUUCUCUUUUGUACUUUAGACUCCCCACCAUCCUUACAUGCACUUACACCUCACUUACCGCCACUGUUUACUCACCACACUUACCGCUUCGCCUUCGCCAACAAUCUUGUGCCCGUUCUUUCAAGGCACAAUGUCUCACAACGAAGAAUCAUCACCGACGGAAUCCCGUGUUGUUUUGAGGACCCAGGGUAUGAACGAAGUCUUACCGCGUCAUGAUCUCGACAUGUUCACGUCUGCCGGAACGUACCCGCACGGGAGUUGGGAGCUCUCUGAGGUCGGUCAGCCUCACCAAUUCCAGGCCGCUUACUGCGUGCGAGAUGCUCAGGGGCAAAAAGUACGCGCGCCAAUGCCGCUGGUCAGCCUCUCUGCAGUUACAAAUCAGGAAGAAAUCUAUCAGCACUGCACAGUCUAUCACUAUGAUCCGACAUGCCAGAGCCGACGUAGCACAGAUCACCACCAGACAGCUUCCGCCAUUGGCCAGCACCAACACCAUCUCAAUAAUGCUCUGCUACAGGAGCAAAGCAGUUACCAACCGACAGCAUUGGACGUCCAGGUGAUGGAUCAACAGCACAUCCCUUUCGACGUCCAGGCCGAUGACUUUUCUCGGGGUAGUGCUGCCCUCCUUUCUAGUCCGCCAGCAUAUUCAUCAAUAGCGGCACAGCGCGCGAGUCCCGUGGAAAAAGACGGGGAAAUGACGCGAAUAUCGACACAUGGCUCAAACAUUAUCUGCUUUCCAUCGGAUAACGCCACUAGUGAAUUUUCACGUCGAGAGGAUUCGCUGGUUGUCAACGGGUCUUUCCACAGUAACUCAUACCAUGAGGCGCUUCAGCAUUCCGCGGCAGACAAUCUCAGUGGGCUUGGGCUGUUCACUCCUCAAGAAUCACUCGACACGGGCGCACACGGAGAAAAUUUCACGAUGAAUGACUCUUUCACAACUAUGGCGCUUUCGCCCCAUACAUUGUCACUCGAUGAACAGGCAUUCGACGAGCUUUUCCGCCAGAGGCACGAUGCCAGCUAUGACUUUGACGAAACCAAUGUGAGAGGCAAUCCAAACGAGGUGGGAGAUGGCUCAGCCACGGUCAAGAAGGAACGAUGAAACUUUGCCUUGCUUGUUUUUUGAAAUCUCUAUUUGUUCGGGUUUAGGCAUGGGAGGCAAAUUGAGGACAGCAAAGGAGGAAAGUUGGGGGCCAUUUUCUGCAAUGGGGCUACUAUGACGGAGUUCAGGGUAAGUGGAAAGGGCAAACGACCAAUUCUUCAUUCUUCUGAAACAUUAG